CAGGCGGGACCUGAGACGCGCCGGCCGGAGCGGCGCGGGCGAGCCGAGCGCAGCAAGCCGCACUGCCGCCGUUCCCGUUCCGUCUCGCUUUCCCUCUGCUUGCGACCGCCCGCUUAACCCUCUCCCGGACAGCUGGAUUGAAAGAAACUGCAAUGUCUGCUGUCAUCUCAGAUAGUCCUCCAAACCCAAGCUGCAAAAUCAUGACUUUUAGGCCUUCGAUGGAUGAAUUCAGGGAGUUCAACAAAUACUUAGUGUACAUGGAAUCACAAGGUGCUCAUAGGGCUGGAGUUGCAAAGGUUAUCCCACCAAAAGAGUGGAAGCCAAGAAAGCAUUAUGAUGAUAUUGAAGAUUUGGUGAUUCCUGCUCCAAUUCAGCAGAUGGUCACUGGCCAGUCGGGGCUAUUCACACAGUAUAACAUUCAGAAAAAGCCAAUGACAGUAAAGGAGUUCAGGCAACUGGCCAACAGUACCAAAUACUGCACCCCAAGAUACGUAGAUUAUGAAGAUCUGGAGCGUAAAUACUGGAGGAACUUGACUUUUGUGGCACCAAUUUAUGGAGCAGAUAUCAAUGGGAGCAUUUAUGAUGAAGGUAUUGAGGAAUGGAAUAUUGCCCAUCUUAACACAAUAUUGGAUGUUGUAGAAGAAGAAUGUGGAAUUUCUAUUGAGGGUGUAAAUACACCAUAUCUUUAUUUUGGCAUGUGGAAAACAACAUUUGCGUGGCACACGGAAGACAUGGAUCUCUACAGUAUUAAUUACCUCCAUUUCGGGGAGCCCAAGUCAUGGUAUGCUGUUCCUCCAGAGCAUGGGAAGCGGCUUGAAAGACUAGCUCAAGGGUUCUUCCCCAGCAGCUCUUAUGGAUGCGAUGCUUUUCUUCGCCACAAGAUGACUCUGAUUUCUCCAUCAAUAUUGAAGGAGUAUGGAAUUCCUUUUGACAAGGUUACACAAGAGGCAGGAGAAUUUAUGAUCACUUUCCCAUAUGGAUACCAUGCAGGAUUUAACCAUGGUUUUAACUGUGCAGAGUCAACAAACUUUGCCACCUUCAGAUGGAUUGAUUAUGGAAAAGCAGCAAAAUUGUGCACUUGUAGGAGGGACAUGGUGAAAAUAUCUAUGGACGUCUUUGUGAGGAAGUUUCAACCAGACAGAUACCAGCUGUGGAAACAAGGCAAGGAUAUAUACACUAUUGAUCACACAAAACCAACUCCUGAAUCAACACCUGAAGUGAACACCUGGUUACAAAGAAAGAAAAUAAAGAAAUUUCGCAAGAGCUUCCCUCACACCAAAUCUCGAUCUAAAAAGCUUAAAACUCCAGAGGACAAGAGAGUAUCUGCUAUGGUAGCUGGUGCAGAAAUCACAGCAAGUGAAGCAGCUACUGAUGGCUUCAAGGUCAGUGAAGAACCUGGGGAAAAAGAGAGACUUGUAAACACAGAAGUGCCUUCUGGGGGAGAAGACGACAGUAGUAGAAUGCAGCUGGAUCAACAUUUGUUGGAUAAUGUCAAGGUUGCAGGAAGCAUCCAUUCAGACUCAUUUUUGAGACCUGUUCCUGCACUAGAGAAAACAAAAAUGGAAGAUGAGAACAGGACAGAUUCCAGUCAUCCUCUUGCAUUUGAAGUUUCUGUCGCUUGCAUGUCAACUUCAGCUAGCUGUAGAGAAGAAGUGAGUUUGGCAUCUCAGUAUCAGUCUGUUUCACCCAUCCCAUGCCGUAAGUCAGAGGGACAAGCUUCUGAAGCUGAAAACCCAGAUAAAGAGGAAAAAGUCUUGGUAGAGGAUGAUGUCAACGACCGAGAAAGCUGUGGAAGUACGUUGGAACAUGAAGAAGUUCCUGUUGUAAAGAACGAUGAGAAAGAUGGCAUGGAAACAUCCAGUUCAGUGGAAGCUGAAAGAAUGAAAAUAUCUAAGAGUUGGCGUCAUCCACUAAAUAAACCCCCAACUAGAUCUCCAAUGACUUUGGUUAAACAGCAAGCAACUAUUGACGAAGAAUUGCCUGAGACUACCUUAAUUGAAGAGAAAGUUCAAGAGACAGAAAUAUGGGCCAGGCCUCUGGUCUACCUUUGGCAGACAGGGGUACCCAAUUUCAAUGCUGAAAAAGAAUACAAUGCAGCUUGUGCAAAAAAGGAACCCCACUGUGCCAUUUGCACUCUUCUCAUGCCAUACUAUAGGCCAGACAGUCAUGAUGAAGAAAGCCCUACUUUCAGGGAAGCAAAUUCAGCAGAAACACUGAUGACUGAAAAUGAGAAGACCAAACCUCUUAUUCCAGAGAUGUGUUUUAUUUAUAGUGAGGAAAACACUGAAAACUAUCCAUCAAAUGCCUUUAUUGAAGAAGAUGGAACAAGUCUUCUGAUUUGCUGUGCAAAGUGUUGUGUACGGGUUCAUGCAAGUUGUUAUGGUGUUCCUUCUCAUGAAAUCCAUAAUGAAUGGUUAUGUUCUCGAUGCAGAAAAGAAGCCUGGACAGCCGAAUGUUGUCUCUGCAAUUUGAGAGGUGGGGCAUUAAAGCAAACUACUGACAAGAAGUGGGCACAUGUAAUAUGUGCAGUUGCCAUCCCAGAAGUCAGAUUUGGUAAUGUGACAGAACGUACUCCGAUAGACACUAGCAGAGUACCUUUGCAAAGAUUAAAAUUGAAAUGUAUCUUGUGCAGACAAAGAAUUAAGAAAACCUCUGGUGCCUGCAUUCAGUGUUCAUAUGGAUGCUGUCCAGCGUCCUUCCAUGUUACCUGUGCCCAUGCUGCAGGCAUGCUGAUGGAACCUGAUGACUGGCCAUAUGUUGUCUAUAUCACAUGUUUCAGGCACAAGAUCAACCAAAAUGUGAGAGCUAAAGCAUGUGAGAAAGGCAUUAGAGUUGGGCAGACAGUCAUCACGAAACACAGGAAUACAAGAUACUAUAGUUGCAGAGUCAAAAGAGUGACAUCUCAACUUUUCUAUGAAGUGAUGUUUGAUGAUGGCUCUUUCAGUCUGGAUACUUUUCCCGAAGACAUUGUAAGCAGAGAUUGCCUAAGGCUGGGCCCACCUGCAGAGGGAGAGGUUGUCCAAGUGAAAUGGCCUGAUGGAAAACUGUAUGGUGCGAAGUAUGUGGGAACAAACACAAUUUACAUGUAUCAGGUUGAGUUUGAAGAUGGCUCUCAAAUAGUAAUGAAGAGAGAGGAGAUCUACACACUAGAUGAAGAGCUCCCUAAGAGAGUAAAAGCACGUUUCUCUACAGCCUCUGACAUGAGAUUUGAAGACACAUUCUAUGGUGCAGACAUUAUCUUGGGAGAGAAGAAGAGGCAGAGAGUAUUGAGUUCCCGCUUUAGGAAUGAAUAUGUGAAUGAUCCGGGAUACCGCACUUUCUUAAAAAGCUCAUUCCAGAAGGAAUGCCAGAAGGGGCUAUAAAGAAAGCAAGAGGGGGUGAGGAAUGUUGGUUACAAAGCAUGCAGCAUUAUUUGCAAUUAGUUUUGGUUUAAUUGAACACUGUUUUACAAUGACCUAAUCUGUAGAUCAACCUCGUAAACUGAAGUUCUUGAGUUCCGAUUUCUUCAGCUAAUGUAUUAAAAUUUUAUAGUGUUUUGGUUAUGAAACCAAGGGGGAAACCAAGUGAGAGUAAGAGGGAUUACCCAGUGGUAUGCGGAAAAAAACAUUCACUCCUUUUCGCAUUGAAAUACAUGGUAAAAUUCCUUUUGAAUUGUGAGAGAAAAUUCACAUUCAAAAAAGGAGACAUUUUAGUAAGCAGAGAUAGUAUCAGUAGUUCAUUUUUUUUCUGCAGGCAGGAAAGGAUGUUAAGUUCAGUAACAGCAGUUUUCAUAAAACAUUUACAACAAAUAUGAGUGUGUACAGUAUUAAGACAAAAGCUGUACUUACUUUGUACAGUGCUUAUACACUUUUAUGUCACUACUGCUUUCAGUAGGGUUUGACAUGGACUCAGCUGUUGAUUUAGAUAUUUUUGGCUAUUAAAGAAGAUACCUUCAGCACAGCAAGGGUGUUUUGUAUAUUUAAAGAGGCAGAUUUUGGCAGUUAUUUCUCAACAUGUUUUUCAUAAGAUCUGUUAAAAUAGCUAUUUGUAAAAUACAAGUUUCUUUCAUUUUGUGUUUGAAAAAUUAAAAUUUAAAUCUAUAUGUUUAACAGACUAGUUUUGAAUGAAUAUAUUAUGGCCUUCCUUUGAAAUUAAUGUUCUAUCAAUGUAGUAAUGUUUUAAACUAAACAAAUAAAUACUGUCUUUUACUUGC